GAACAUUCUGCCCCAUUUUGUCUCCAUGCAUUUUAGGAGAGUUGAGAGCUGAGACCACUUUUCUAUACUUUUUUUAAUCAUAAAAAAUAUACGGAUUUGAUUCUUUCAUUUUUCUUCUUUCAAUCCAAAUCUUUCUCACCACUUUAUAUAUGUGUAUUCCAACUUCAUGUUCUCUCUACACAAAAAUUGUUCAUACACACCAAAUUCCACAGCCAUUAAAACUAUGGGGAUGGACUUACAGGGAAAGCUCAGGCUAGCUCUUGGUUCUGUUAAAGACCAUGCAUCAAUCGGCAAAGCCAUGAUAUGCAAUCACCACGAUGGCUUUUCCGAGAUAGAGAUUGCAGUUCUUCGAGCUACAGGCCAUGAUAAUGGACCUAUUGAUGACAAAUACAUGCAUGAGAUACUCUUCUUGGUCUCAAACUCUCCAGGCUCUAUGUCUUUUCUUGCUGAAAGAAUUUCACGUCGUCUUGGCAAGACCAGAGACCGCCUUGUAGCCCUUAAGACUCUUAUACUAAUUCAUCGCCUCCUUCGCGGAGGCAAUCGGUGCUUUGAGCACCAGUUUCGCGGUGCACAUGUUUCUGGCCAUUUACAAAUGAGUACUCGCUGGCUUUCGAGGACUAAUUCCGAUCCUUCGAUCAGCUUUUUGCAUAAGUAUUCUUCUUACCUUGAAGAACGAAUGGGGUGGGUGAUCAACCAAGCUGGAAAACUCGAACUUGCUGUUUCCCAAGGCUUGGAGCUUUGUUGCUACGAAGAGAAAGCCAUCGAUAUGGUAUUUCGUAAGUUACCAAAAUGUCAAGUGUUUAUAGAUAAGGUGUUAGAUUGUUCACCUUUUUAUAUUUUGCCUUCAGAUAAUCUGGCUCAAUCCGCCAUGAUCAACGUGUUGAAGGAAAGCUUCCAAGUCUAUAUGACAUUUUGUGAAGGCAUUGCUGCUCUUGUUAAUAUGUUCUUUGAUUUAACAAGGCCUGCAAGAGGUUUAGCUUGUGAAAUACUCACAAGGGCUUCUCAGCAAACACAAGGGCUUCACGAUCUAUAUGAAAACUGCAAAAAGAUUAUAGAGAACAAGAAUUUGGAAUAUCCAUCAGUUCAGAUCAUCACCAUGGAUGAUGUUAUGGCUUUGGAAAAAUGCUUGAGCUGUUCUGAAGAUCAUCAUCAGCUUAUUUCAUGUGCCAAAGCCUCUGUGUUGAGCAGGACAACUGAGUUUCAGGUGGCUACGACAACCAUGGAAGGCAAAAAGAAAGAGCAGAAAAGUGAUAUUGGUUUGUCGUCUACUCUUUUCUCAUGGUCGUUGGAGACUAAAAUAAGUAAGGUUUGGGUGGUUUUUGAAGAUGGAGAUCCGAUCCAAUCAGGAGAACCUGCUGGGAGACUCUUCCAUGGUGCUAUUUGUGAUGUUUCUGUGCAGCAAAAUAACAGCGGAAAUGAACAUAAUAAGCCAUAUGCUAUUCUAAAUCCAUUUACAACUUGUGUGGGUACAAAUAUAGUGUCAAAGGUAUGAGUUUGGUUUGUUAGUUGUUCAUAAAGUCAUGGUUUCCUUACCAAUUAUAAAAAUCUACUAAUUUUGUAUUUAUUUCAUUCACACUUUUUCCCUUGUUAUGUAGUUCUCUUGUUGCUUCCCCACUUGAUAGGGGGAAAUUUGUGUGCCCAAAAAUGUAAUAUUUUAGCAAAACAUAUCAAAGAAAAUUAACACCAGAAAAUUAUAAAUUUUCACUACUA